AUGGGUUGUAUCAGCAAUCUACCUGAUGAGAUUGCAUGCCACAUCUUGUCCUUUCUCACGACGAGGGAAGCUGCUUUGUCUUGUGUUCUCUCAAAGAGAUGGCGGUAUCUGUUUGCUUUCACACCAAAUCUUCGCUUUGAAGAAAACGACUUUGUCAAUGGAUACUCUGAUGUUGACAUUCCAAGCAGUUUCAGAGAUUUCUUGGAUAGAGUAUUGGCUACGUCAGGCAAUUCCCCGAUAAAGAAAUUCUCUCUGAAAUAUCGAGACUGUGUUGUCUCAGAUCAUACCAACCGUUGGAUAUGUAACGUGCUGAGUCGUGGUGCCUUGGCUCGUCUUCAUCUUGACGUAAUCUCUAGAGGUGUGACUUCACUGUCUCUAGAGGUCUUCACUUGCAAGACACUCGUUAAACUGAAACUAGGAAGAUCGUUUGUCAUUAAUACGAUUCCUGAGAAUGCUUCUCUCCCAGCUCUUAAGACUCUCUUCCUUGACUGUAUUCGGAUCUCUAACCCUCAUCGUUGCCCAUUUGAAGCCCUUCUCUCUGCUUUCCCUGUGCUUGAGGAAUUGGUGAUGCAUAACUUGGACUCUGUGGGCCGGACACAUGUCAAUGUUUCCUGCCGGACCCUUCAAAGACUUACUUUGCACUGUCUUGGUUUUGAAUCUUUUGGGGGGCAUAUUUCCGGGACGAGGACGACCAUUAGUUUUGAUACACCUGGUCUUAACUACUUAGACUACUUUUCUUGUGUUCCGAAAGAGUAUCCAAUUGUUAACCUUGACUCGCUUGUUAAAGCUAAGCUCAAUCUUGUUUCAUCACCGUGUCUUGUUUAUGGCAGUCAAGAGAAUCUGUUUAUAGGGUUAAGAAACGUUCAGAUCCUCAACUUGUCGACUCAAAAAACCAUGGAGGGUCCCUUGCACUAUGAUGAUGGAUAUGCUCACUUUUCAUUAUAUACUCGUCCAUUGUCGUGCACUGUGAAGGUUCUUGAGAUUACUUUGUAUGAUAAAACUGUUUCAGAACUGGAGCAGUUGAAAGAUUUCCUAGAUAUUUUUUCAUGUCUUGUGCUGGUCAAAAUUCGCUCUUGGGAAACAGACGAAAAGCAAAAGUUGCAACUGACCACAAAACUGCUAAAUCUUCCCAGGUCGUCCAACUGCGAGUUCCAGUUCGAGUUUCUUCGUCAUAGUUGGUCUGUUGGGAACCGUUUUGUGUGA